AUGAAGGCUAAUUUAAAUUUGGAUAACAAGAUGAAUCCAAAGAAAAUUAUUUAUAUUUGUGAGGAAUUUUUGACUAAUUUUAGCACGCAUAAACCUAAUAAAGCAUCAAAAAUAUAUUUAAGAUACUUUGAACAGUUUCGUAAUUUAAAUUCACUUUGGAAUUGUAAAGUUAUUAAUGAUCAGGAUAGCUUAGAGCUUAGUGAAGUAUGGAACUCUGUACUGCACUGCUACAAAGUUGUUCUUGAAAAAAUUUCGAAUGAAAUUAGAAUAAAAUCUGAAAAUGUUUCGAAAGAGGAAAAUAAUCAAUUAAAUUUAAAAAACAGAGAACUGUUAGAAACUGUUUUUCAAUUUAAUAAUUUGUCUUAUACCGUAAUACCACUGAUUCCACAAGAGUUUCUCACUGAUCUGCUUGAAUUGAUUAAAGAGUUAACUUUAAUUUGUGAAAAUAUGAAAUCUUAUUUAGAAAGCAAUAUUGGUCUUACAAAUUGCUCUUCAACUAACAGCCUAUCAAUAGUCUUAUUAUUAGUUAAAAUCAUUUGUUACAAAAUUGAAACUAAUAAUCAUGAUUUACUCGGAAAAAUGUAUGGAUCUACACUAUAUUGCUUAAAUAUUUUAUUUCGAAUUUAUAAAAUAGAAUUCACUGAAAAAUGGGAUCUAAUAUUAUUUCCAGAAAAGAAUCAUAUAUCAUCACUUAAAUUAAGUUCCUUGUUACAUAAAGAAACUUCGUUUGACUUGUACAUUGGCUCAGAUAUUCCCUUCCUUACGUAUUUUUUGUUCAGCUCAAACACAAAAAUUAGAGUAAAUUCGUUAUUGUGCAUUCAAUCCAUAUUUGCUGCCCCAAUAUUUAGGUUUAAAUCUAUGGUUUUGUUACUAUGUAAACCAUUCUCCCAACAAAUUUUAGAUACUAGUGCAUCUUCUUUAUCAAAAAAUGCUGUAAUAUUGGCAUUUUCCCUUUUGAAGUUUGGAGAAAUGAUUUUUAAAUUAGAAAGUUAUGAUUUAGAUACUGGAAUUACUCUUUUUAAAACAAUUUCAAAGAUUGUAAGCACAACACCUUCUCUAUUUUGGACGGAAAAUUUUAUUAAUAACGAGAUCAGCUUUAUUAAUAUACUUUCAAAUAUUUUACUUUCUGGUCUUAAAGAUUUAAAUAUUUUUAUUCCUUCUUUACAACUUUUUUCCAACAUUUUAAGUUUAAUAAAAAAUUGUGAUAUUUCAAUUAAUAUUUUAUUCGAUUAUUUAAAUCCAUGUUUUGAAAAAGUACUAAUUAACAGUUGUAUGGUUCUAAACUUGCCAAUAGGUUUUAAAUAUGAAAACAUUAACUUAAAAAAUUUAUCUUUCAAGUUUCCGGUGAUUCUAAUCGAAAUAUUAAAUUUCUAUAUCAAGUUAUUAGAGAAUUUUCCAUUCUUGUUGAUAAGCAUCAAUUCCAAUCAAUCUUUGUUAAAGAAAAAUCAAUUUGGGGUCAAAAAUCAUUUAUCAAAAUUUGUAGAUAUACUUGAAUUUAUAAACUUUCGCCCAAAUGAAUUAGAUUUGGUAAUUUAUGAAAAAGGUCUCAGAACCACAUAUUUAUUGAUCAAUUGUAUUAGGGAGUUUCAGAAAGUAAGACUAGGCCAAAAAAAUGUUAUUAGAAAUCAAUUUCAAAUUUCGAAUUCGGAUUUUUUUUUCCAAGAUAUUGAAAGGCUAGAAUUUACCAUAAAUAAUGUUGAAGAAACAUAUUUAAAAAUUAUUCAAUUAUUGAAAUCGUUCAUUUUGUUAACUUUUCAUUCUGUAAUUCAAAAUUUAAUCAUGAAUGACGAGGAAUUAAAAAUUGAUUCUAAUUUACAACUAAAUAGAAAUUGUAUUUGCAGAAUAUUAGACAUAUAUUCAACUAUAAAUCCGAUUUUCUUGGAAGAAGCUUUAUCCGAAACAAUGAAAAUUUUUAAUCUAAAAAAUAAUGAAAUAAUUUACAAAAGUAAAAAAAUAAAACAAUAUAUUUUGGGAAAUACAAAAAUAAGCUUUGUCGAACUAAUAUUAUUAACACUGGACAACGCUGAAGAUAAGAUACUACCAUCGUUGAUUAAUAUUCUAAUAUGUUAUUGUGGAAACUCAGAAUGGAUAAAGCACUCAUCAUUUACUACCUUUCAACAUUUUGAAUUUAGCCUAGUUGAAAAUCUACUAUUAUUAAUAAGCUCCGAUAAUUCUGUCAUAGUAAAGCCCAUUAAAGAGAAUAUAAUUUUGAGUGUAAAUAAAGCUAUGAUGUAUAUUAAUAUAUACCACCAUAUAAAUACAAAUAAAGUUAUUUUUUGUUCCUCAAAUUAUAGAAAAAACAACAUAAAUUUAUUGGAAGAAAAUUACAAAAAAUUUAUGGAUAAUAAUGAAGUUGAAUUUAAUGAGAUUUGUUGUCUUUUGAAUUGGAAGGAAAUAUUUUUUUCUUACAAGUCACUUAUUCAAAAUCUUGAAUUUAACUCUACUUUGAGCAAAGCCUCAAGUCUUUUAAACCUUUCAGAAAUAAUUAGAGUUUUUGGAAAAAUAUUAAAGCUAAUUCCUUUUAAUUUAAAUGAUUUGGAAGAAAUUAUUUGGACAUUAGACUUAUUAAAUAAUUUUAUUUCUAACGCUUUCAAUAUUACAUUCAGACACAAUAAAGUUAAGUGGAAUUCAAUUUAUGCAAUAGGAUUAUUGUUUGAGAAUGAUAAUUUUUAUAAUUUAGUAAUUCGAUCAUUUAAUGAAAAAACAAACAUAAACAUCAAUUUGUCAAACACAUUCACUAAAAGUUGGAAGGCUCUUUGCUUAAUAAUUGUAAAUAAUUCGGAACUUACAAAAGUUAGAAUAAAUGCCUUACGUUCAUUGGCAGCUUAUAAUAAUGCUGAUUCUGAUUCUAAAAUCCCAUUCAUUCUUCUUUUUGAUACAUGGGAAACUUUUAAAUUAGCUGUAGGCACUACACUAAUAAGUAAAUCUAAUUCUUAUUACAAACUCCAAACUGCUAAUAAUGAAUAUUCAUCAUUAUGGAACACUUACUUAAAUAAACUCGGUUCAUCACUGUAUAAUAAUUCAAUUUUUUACCUAAAAAAUUCUCCAAAUAAAAUUAGUGAUUUUGAAACAGAAAAAAUUUCAAGGUAUUGUUUUGAAUUCCUAGUUCAAAAAGAAUUGAAGAAUUGUUGA